GCCGGGGAGCGCCGGCGCUGAGGCGGCGCCGCUGCCGAGUGCGGGGCCGCUCCGGGAGCCGCCGGCGCCCGCCGAGGCUGCGGGGAAGCCUCCGGAGGAAGGGAGCGGGGAGGGUGCAGGUGGCAACGCCGCCCGCCCGUGGGAUCUGUGGGCGGGCUGCCCGCGACGUUUUCCUGCUGAGGAGGCCGCGUCGUUAAGGAGAGCAGCCGCUGCCUGGGUUUGUCUGGCAGAUGAUACAGCUCUAGAGAAAGUUGUCUCCACAACUUGCUUUACAGUAUCUUUUCAGCACAAUGGACUCAUUUUAAGAAUUUUACCAGUAAUCAAAAAUCAUCUAGAAACGAGAACACUGGACUUUGAGGAGCAAGAGACUUUAAAGAGAGCCCGGAAAACAGUGACUGAAACCCCCCCGGUUUGGGCCAUACAGCUUGGGAAUGAAUACCAUUGAGACAGCAAAGCUUGAAGACCAUAUGGAGGGUCAAAACAAUGAUGCUUCUAAUGGCUACACAGGACCUACUCUCUCAGUCAGUGAGGAGAACAAAAAUGGCAAUAGCAAACCAAAGGGCUUGUCCAAUGGCUUGCGAAAAACAGCAAAGAAAUAUCCUGAUUACAUCCAGAUUGCUAUGCCUGCUGAGUCAAGGAACAAAUUUCCUCUGGAAUGGUGGAAAACAGGCAUUGCCUUUGUCUAUGCUCUCUUCAACUUGAUUCUAACAACUGUCAUGAUCACUGUGGUCCAUGAGAGAGUACCUCCGAAGGAGCUUAGCCCUCCCUUGCCUGAUAAAUUUUUUGAUUAUAUUGAUCGUGUGAAAUGGGCUUUUUCCGUAUCAGAAAUAAAUGGAAUGAUACUAGUUGGAUUAUGGAUAUUCCAGUGGUUAUUUCUUAGAUAUAAAUCAAUAGUGGGACGCAGGUUUUUUUUUAUAAUAGGAACUUUGUACCUGUACCGCUGUAUUACUAUGUAUGUUACCACUUUACCUGUGCCUGGAAUGCAUUUUCAGUGUGCGCCAAAGCUGAAUGGAGAUUCUCAGGCAAAGUUGCAGAGGAUCCUGCGACUGAUAUCUGGUGGUGGUCUGUCCAUAACUGGAUCUCACAUCCUCUGUGGAGACUUCCUGUUUAGUGGUCACACUGUAGUGCUAACACUGAUCUACCUGUUCAUCAAGGAGUAUUCACCACGUCAUUUCUGGUGGUAUCACUUAAUCUGCUGGCUGAUGAGUGCUGCUGGCAUAAUUUGUAUCCUUGUUGCUCAUGAACACUACACUGUAGAUGUCAUCAUUGCUUACUACAUCACCACACGGCUCUUCUGGUGGUACCACUCAAUGGCUAAUGAAAAGACUCUAAAGGUCUCUUCGCAGACAAACUUUCUCUCUCGAGCAUGGUGGUACCCAAUAUUUUAUUUCUUCGAGAAGAAUGUGCAAGGCUCUGUUCCUUGCAGCUUUUCCUGGCCAAUAUCUUGGCCUCCCAGCUGCUUCAAAUCUUCAUGCAAAAAGUAUUCACGGGUUCAGAAGACGGGAGAAGACAAUGAAAAAUCUACUUGAAGAAAAGCAUCUGCUCUGUUUUUUUACCAAAACGUUAAUGCUGUAACCAAAGUUCUCAAGAGGACUAUGCUAACUGAAGAAGUGGACCAAACUUCUGUGCAAUUGAUUGGAAAGACAAUUGUAGAUGAAUAUAUUGCUAUUUUGUAAUGUUUUCCUAUCAUCACACUGUACAGAUCUAUUCUACUCUUCAGUGCUAGUAGAAUGCACCACUGAUGGGACUUUUCGUGAAAGAAAAUGGAGCAGGACUUUGCUUUACUAAUGAGAUAGAGGUGCCAAAGACCACAUUAACACUUUCAUUACUAACAAUCGCUCAUCCACAGAAGCACCCAAAAAUGUCAUCUUCAGAGAUCUGGAGUGUAAGGGCAGACACACGCUAAACUGUAAAAGCACGAUAUCAGUGUAUUGAAGUAUACAAAAAAUAACACAAUUGUGGGAAGUGGUUUGUUGCACUAUCCUUGCUAAUGAAGGUAAGACCUUUACGUGACUAGUAGAGCUGGAGGCGAGUCUUGAAUAUUUUCUACAUGCUGUGGGCAUGAAUAUCUUAUGACCCUAAAAUACUACUACCACUAUUAUCUUCCAUAUACUCUACUAUAUAUCAAUUUUUACAUUUUUAUUAAUAUUUUAUAUUUAAACUGUUGUGCUACCGGAUAACUUUGCAAAUUAGGAAUAGCUGCUAACAUCAGAGCUCAAGGAGCCUAAAACAUUUUUUAGAAAGGACGCAAUUUCAAAGUCUAAGUCUCUAACUGCAGUUCGGCCUUCUGUAUAGAGCUAUACAGUGACUGUUGGUGUAUGUAUAUGCAUAUACACAAAAGCACACACUGUGUAGUUAAACAUGUUAACCAAAACUACUCAUAUGAAAAGAGUGAUCAUACUGUUGAUAAUUCAGGCAAAGUCCUGUUGACCUCACCUGCUUGAGAGACCGGGUCUGAAAUGGGGCUAUAUUUAAAAUGAACUUUUAAUUUUAGUAGCUAUUUCCUGCUGAAACUAUGUAGCAAGUUUGCUUGGGAGCUAUAGUUCUGCAUUGAAUUUACUUUUUUUUACCUGUUGGCACAUAUUUCUGUGACUUAAUUGGAAAAAAAAACAAGGUAAAUAAAAACAACAGUAGCAUUUCUUCAAUUAUUACCUAAAACCAUUUCAUAAUAAAUUCCACUGGGGUAUAACUCAUGCAAAUUCCUUUUUUUCCCCCCAGGGUUUUAGUCCAACUAAAAUGGCUAUAUGAGCUUGUUGGCUGAGAAUGUAGGAAACUACCAUGGUGUAAACAUGUAACAAAAAUGCAAAUUAACAGCUACCUGGUUCUUGUUGCUUUUUGUUUUGUAUUGUUGGGGAAAAAAGCAAACUAGAAAACUAGCAUACCAUGCUUAACAACUCAUUGUCUGUAUUCACUUCUGCAGUUAACUCAGUUUCAUUUCCAAGUCUUCAGUUAAUCCUGAUAGCAAAGCAAAAACUGCAUUAAGAGUUGAGGUGGAAAUGGUGUUUAUUUUAAGAAUGUCUUGAACUGAGUAACAAGUGUGAACAUAGUUUAAAUAAUGACAACUUGUUUUUAAAAAGAAUCCAGUUGAAGUAUUAAAACGCAAUACAGAGUAUUCAAAUGAUUUUUUUAGUUAAGGGGAUCAAUAACUAAGUUGUACAUGAGAAUUAAUGUGCAUUUCAAAUAUUUUUGUGCGUUAUCAAAGUAAAAUACAAUAAACAAUGUUCCUUACAAUA